AAUCGCUUUAUUGUGAACAUGAAGUAUAAAACGUCCAGUGGGAUGAUGCCGAUUAUCAGUCAUAAUCAAUAUUUGAACUGCAGUCAGCACGUUUCCGCCGGAAGAUCGUCACCAAAAUGUUCAAGAUUAUUUGCCUGUUCGUUAUCAUUGCCAUCGCCUCGGGGUCAGCGCGACCAAACCCAAAGCCGGACAUAAUUACGUACAGUGCCCCGGUGCUGGCCGCUGACCCGGACAUCGUUGUUACUAGUGAUUACGUUGCUCCCGUAGCCACCGUGUACGAGCAGACGUUCCAUGGCGAUGUGGCCCCGCUGAUCGCUGCCUAUUCAACACCGUACUUGACCGCUCCGUUGGUGUAUUCGCCGUACGAGUCGGUUGUUGCCCUCGCUCCAGGAACUGUUCUGCUUAAGUAGAGCUUUGGGUUUUCCUGGAUUAUGUGAUCUUACUCGAUUUUUUUUCUACUUACGAUUACUGUUAAAUAGUACAAUAAAACGUGGCUGAGAUUUA